AUCGCCCCUCAGUGCAAUUCCAAAACGCGACUGCGGCGGGUGAGCAUGCGAUUCGGAAUCUAUGCGGCGACGAGCCUCUUGGCCGGCGCGGGCCUCGUGGGUUAUACAUACUACACGCGUCAGCAGUUCUAUCCCACGGUGAUUUACCUGGUGACGUCGAAGGUUAGCGUCAUGGUCCUGUGCAACGUGGCAUUUGUGAUGACUGUCCUGUUUGGCCAAGUGUUCAAGCGGAUCUUCUUGGGUACCCUUCGAGAUGCCGAGAUGGAGAUGCUCUACGACCACGCACGGUUUGCAAUUGCAGAAACAUGCUUUACGCUGUCGGUAUUCCGCGAAGAAAUGUCUCUUCGAGUGCUUGGUCUGUUCACAAUCCUGCUCUUCCUGAAGACGUUUCACUGGUUGUGUCAAUGGCGUGGAGAACAUAUUGAGCAAUCCGAAGUCGUGUCUCGAAUCACCCACGUCCGACUGGUUCUACUCAUGGCUCUACUGGCUGCGGUGGACAUGAUUUUCGUGAUCGUGUCAGGGCUUCAAGUAGCUGAGCGUGGACCGUCCGUGUUGGUCCUGUUUGGCUUUGAGUUCUUGAUCCUGUUUGUGACCCUGGUGGCCGUAUUCUUGCGCUAUAUUCUGCAUCUGAUUGAUGCCCGUGUCGAAGGCACGUGGACGAACAAGUUUACCUAUGUGUUCUAUUUGGAACUGGUCACGGAAAUUGUCAAGCUUAUCGUGUAUCUGAUUUUCUUCAUGAUUAUCUUUACGUAUUACGGCAUGCCGCUGCACUUGCUUCGCGAUUUGUGGAUGUCGAUUCAGAACUUGCAACGACGCAUCGUCGCGUACUUUCGGUACCGUCGUAUCACAGCCAACAUGAACGAGAGGUUUCCAAACCCGACGGAAGAAGAAAUGAACGAAACCGAUCGCAUUUGCAUCAUUUGCCGCGAAGAAAUGACGCUCGAGACGGCCAAGAAGCUGCCAUGCACGCACAUUUUCCACUUGAAUUGCUUGCGUAUGUGGUUGCAGCGCCAGCAGUCUUGCCCGACAUGCCGCUCAAAUAUUCCUAUCGACGUGAAUUCCGCACGCCCUGAAGAUACUCCUGAGGCAAAUAUCCCCCCUCGUGGAGGAGUCAACCCACCCCCACCGCAAGGACAAGCUCAAGAGCAAAACAAUCCACCCCUUCAACCAGAAGCACCUGCACCCCAACAGCCCCAAGCGCAGCCGCCCCGUCGUGAAAAUCCCCAACGCAACCUCCCAGGGUUUGGGCAAUCACCUGCGCAGCUGCAACAAACUCCAGCUCCCGCUACGACUCCUGCUUCAUCCAUGCAACCGACCGCUCCUCCGCCUACACAAAGCCUUCCGCCAGCCGGAGCUCAUGCUCCACCACAUGGAACUCCACAGGCGCACUCCACGCAUCCAGGACUAGGUGUGCCCCCUUUUCCUGCCACCACAGCCCCAGUGUUCGGGGCGACACAUUUUGACCCUGCUGCAGCCGAUUCCAGUGCGCACUACAUUCAAUCGCUGCACUAUGCGCUUCAGUUGGAUCCGCGCUUUUUGCAGUACCAACUCGACAUGCUACAAGCGCAACUCCACGUCUUGCGAGCCACGUCGUUGGCUUUGCACAGUCAAUCCGGCUUUGCCCCGAUGCCGGGCUUUCCCGCAUCGGUUCCCACGGGUGCAGUUCCUCCGCCAUUUGGGGUUUUUCAACCUCCGUCCUCUUUAAACCAAGUUCCCGUCCCUGAAGCUGUACCGGCCUCUGCACCCCCUGCUCCCGUGGCUGCACCUCCCACUACCACCAAUUCAAUCUCUGUUCCGGCGGCUGCUCAAACUCCUACAUUGUCCCCAGUUCCUUCGACACCAGGGCAGGAAUUCCCUGUCCCAUCAACUCCCGCGCUUCCGCACGUACGUGAGCCCGAAGGGCAAGAUGUUACUGUACCGAGCACUCGAUUCAACCACCUUUCCACGGAGCAAGUUGCUGCGCAGGCGGACGUUGCAUCCGAAGUACCCCCCGCUCCAGUCGUUCCUCUCACGCCGGAGGAAAUCGAACGCGACCGCCGACGAGAGGAGCUGCGAAGGAUAUACGCGAAGCGAUAUGGCAAUUCUUCUGAAGCCGUCGACGAAGAAUAGCGGAGAUUGCAAUGCGCAGUGCAUCUGUGCUUGUAAGACGAAUGAGAAGGAAAUACUGGCAUUACAGGAUUAUAAGUUCGCUAUCUCAUCAACAAAGAGGGAAGCAUCAUCGGCAUGAAUCAUGGUUGGUCUCAUGCAGACGACGACUUGUUCAGUGGCCGGUUGCUCAGAAACGAGGAAUUCCAUCAAGAGAAACUCUCGACGAAAUGAAUCAUGUGCUUCCCUGGCACAAAUGCAGCAUCCAAUGAUAAGAAUAAAAUGUCAUAGUUCUCGAUCCGUCAUCGAGGCUACAGCAAGCCUCAAAGGCAAACCGCUUGAUAUUGUUGUUGGCCACAAGUAGCACUAACGCACCGAAGGAGUCGACGUGGAGGUUAGAGACUCUAGAAAAUGUAGCCGGCUCAUAUCAUACGCAAUCGAUCCCCUCAAUAAAUUUGGUCUCUUCAGAAGGAUUCAGCUAGAGCUAAUAACUGUGUGGAUCACUGGGGCAGAAGCAUCAUACAUAUCAAAACAUCGCAUUGCUCGGGAUGGAAAUUUUUGUCGACAUGGUUGGUUCAGUGUCUAACAUGUGUAAAAAAUUUGGAAUUCGUCGUUGCAACGCGCCACAUGCCAAGCAAGGCUCUCUCACACACAACAUGCACACCGUCGAAAGGGAUGUAGAAAUGCUGAUUAUCGACUCCCGUUUUCGCAAAACGCGACUAGGUAGCCAAUUGCCCAGCGCUUCUAGCCACUCCCCAGGAACUUCGCGAUGGGCUGAUGGACCCACCAUCCCUGGGGGAACCUGCUAUAUGCCAAGACAUCAUGGAAGACCCGAAACAAUAUGGACAAUUGAACGAGGGGCAAAAUUUGGCACGGCUGCGCGC